UGGUAAUCCAAGCUUAAACACCAAAGAACCUGCACCAACACAUCUUUUCUCUACAACUCAAACCACUAUUUUCUUUUCUUUCCCAUUUAGUUUCUCUCAACAAACACACUUCCUUUUAUACUCCCUUUCCGCCAUUGAUAACACCCGAGCAAGAUCACCACCCCUGACUCCCUACGCUUUCAGAAAUGAAGAACAGCAACAGCAACACCAAGCUCAUUCUCCUUCACCCUUAUAUCCAAAAACAAGGAAACUCAAAUCGCCUAUGGCUUCUCGCUUUUUUCUCCUUCUUCACCGUAGCUUUCCUCCUCACCCUCAUCUAUACCAGACAAUCCAUACCCAUAAAAACGACAGCCGCCGCCGCAGCUGUAGUACCCAACGCUGCUCCCGCUACGUCUGCAAAUCCGGCGCUACCCACAACAGUCAUCAACACUCUUCUCCACUACGCUUCCAGAUCCAACGACAGUUUCCACAUGUCUUACGCCGAGCUCAAACCCAUUUCCGACGUCCUCCGCAAAUGCUCGUCACCCUGUAAUCUCCUCAUCUUCGGAUUAACCCACGAGACCCUUCUCUGGAAAGCUCUGAAUCACAACGGCCGGACUGUUUUCAUCGACGAGAACCGCUACUACGCCGCCUACUUCGAAGAGCUGCAUCCGGAAAUCGACGUCUUCGACGUGCAGUACACAACUAAGAUGAGCGAAAAGCGAGAGCUGAUAACGUCGGCGAAGGAGCAGAUACGCAACGAGUGCCGGCCGGUGCAGAACCUGCUCUUCUCGGAAUGCAAGCUCGGGCUCAACGAUCUGCCCAACCAUGUUUACGAAGUUGACUGGGACGUGAUUCUGGUUGACGGGCCGAGAGGAGAUGGACAAGAGGGACCCGGCAGGAUGUCGGCGAUCUUCACCGCCGGCGUUCUGGCGAGGAGCAAAAAGGGUGGUAACCCGAAAACCCACGUCUUCGUCCAUGAUUAUUACAGAGAUGUAGAGAAGAUCUACGGCGACGAGUUCUUGUGCAGAGAAAAUCUUGUGGAAGCUAACGACAUGCUUGCACAUUUUGUGCUCGAGAAGAUGGACGAAAAUUGUUUCCAGUAUUGUCAUAACCGUACAAAGUCAUCUGGUUCAUCGUCAUCUUAGUUGCUGUAAUACCAUGUAACCAUUCUCGUAUUCUUCUUCACAUUUAUUGGCGGAAAUUCUCUGGUUAUUUAUGAUAAUCUGAGAGAAAAUUCAUCUACGUUUAGAGGUUUUUUACUGGAUAUUUUGAGAUGAUGAACGUGUAAUAUAAUUUCAUUUUAAUAAAA